CUUCGCCCGCGUCGCAAAGAGGUGAUCGAGGUAGAGCAACGAUAAGGUAAGGAGUGCACCAAUAACUGUCUAUUGACAGGGAGGUUCCCUGAAGACGAUCGGAGGUAAGGUUGCUUAUAAGGCUCUUCAGGGACGAUAGAGAGAAAGUUUUCCCAGGAUGGGAAAUGAGAUUGCUAGGUGCAGGAUGGAGGGCCCUCUAAAGGAUAUCCUCAAGGCAAAUGGCACCCCCUUAAAGACGAAAACAGCCCGCUCUUUCUUGAGAGAAGUAGGAGAAGUUGCCCCCUGGUUUAUAGAGGAGGGGCUCCUGAAUGUGCCACAGUGGGAGCACCUGGGGGAGGACUUGAAACGAUGCCCAUUUGUAACCUCGGGAACCCUUGCCGUGUGGUCCUUGGUGAGAGUGUGUUUACAAUCUACUCGAGAGCCCUUGAAGCAAGCAGUGCAACAGGGAGGGGAGGUUCUGGAGCAGGUAAAGGAGGAGUCUCAUAAAGGGUCUUCCCAAGACUCCGACUCUGAAAGUGAAAGUUCGGAAGGACUCUCGGAUAGCGAGUUGCAGGAAAUAGGGGAGAGAGAGGCAGAUAAGAAGGAGAAAUCUCCCAGUCUCCAGGCAUUACAGGAUUUGGAAGCCAUAAGACAGCAAUUCGAGAGUAAGGAGGUGGAGUUGCAGAAGGCAUUAGAGGAAUUAAGAAUGCAAGGAGAAGUAAUGGCGCAGCUGAAAGCAGAAGCGGAAGCUGCAGCUGUGGCGCAGAUUGGGCCAACCUGGCCAGAGCGGUUUUAA